GAAGAAUCGUUUCGAAAGGCGGCACAGCUCCGACCUCCUCAUGAGAAUUCAGUUUGCAAAGGAGAAUCCACGUGCCACUAAUCUACCGCAACUCAAAGUUAAAGAUCAAGAAGAGGUGAAGGAAGAGGCAGUGGCAACCACUUUACGAAGGGCUCUCAGUUUUUAUUCAACAAUCCAGGCGCAUGACGGUCAUUGGGCUGGGGAUUAUGGGGGUCCCAUGUUUCUGCUCCCGGGUUUGAUCAUUACACUUUCAAUUACUGGAGCUCUAAAUGCUGUGUUAUCGAAAGAGCAUCAACGUGAGAUGUGCAGAUAUCUUUAUAAUCACCAGAAUGAAGAUGGGGGAUGGGGUCUGCAUAUCGAGGGGCCAAGUACCAUGUUUGGUACUGCACUAAAUUAUGUUACUUUGAGGUUGCUUGGCGAAGGUGCAGAUGAUGGACAAGGGGCAAUCGAACUUGCACGGAAAUGGAUAUUAGACCAUGGUGGCGUGACUGCAAUUACUUCUUGGGGCAAAAUGUGGCUUUCGGUACUUGGGGCAUAUGAAUGGUCCGGGAAUAAUCCACUUCCGCCUGAAGUAUGGCUAUGUCCUUACUCUCUGCCAUUUCAUCCAGGAAGAAUGUGGUGUCAUUGCCGAAUGGUGUAUUUGCCCAUGUCAUAUUUGUAUGGGAAAAGGUUUGUUGGACCUAUCACACCCACAAUCCGGUCAUUGAGGAAGGAGCUUUAUACAGCCCCCUAUCAUGAAGUUGACUGGAAUAAAGCUCGCAAUCUAUGUGCAAAGGAAGAUCUAUACUAUCCACACCCAAUGGUACAAGAUGUCUUGUGGGGGUCUCUUCACUAUGUUUAUGAACCUGUUUUCACACGUUGGCCUGCAAAAGAAUUGAGGGACAGUGCUUUGAAGACUGUAAUGCAGCAUAUUCAUUAUGAAGAUGAAAAUACUCGGUAUAUAUGCAUAGGGCCUGUUAACAAGGUGUUAAAUAUGCUUUGUUGUUGGGCGGAGGAUCCAAACUCAGAAGCAUUCAAAUUGCAUCUCCCGAGAAUCCCUGAUUAUUUGUGGAUUGCUGAAGAUGGCAUGAAAAUGCAGGGCUACAAUGGAAGUCAAGCAUGGGAUACUUCUUUUGCCAUUCAAGCAAUUAUAUCAACUAACCUGGUUGAAGAAUAUGGACCUACUUUAAGAAAAGCGCAUCAGUAUAUCAAAGAUUCCCAGGUCGUGGAAGAUUGUCCUGGAGAUCUGGAUUAUUGGUAUCGUCACAUUUCAAAAGGUGCUUGGCCAUUCUCAACAGCAGAUCAUGGGUGGCCUAUCUCUGACUGCACAGCUGAAGGACUGAAGGCUGCCUUAUUACUAUCGAAACUUCCAACAGAAACAGUUGGUGAAUCAUUGGAUAUAAAGCGAUUUUAUGAUGCUGUAAAUGUUACCCUUUCCUUACAGAAUGACGAUGGUGGUUUUGCGACUUAUGAACUAACUAGAUCGUAUCAGUGGUUAGAGCUAAUCAACCCUGCCGAAACUUUUGGUGACAUCGUCAUUGAUUAUCCAUACGUUGAAUGCACCUCAGCAGCAAUUCAAGCACUUGCAUUGUUCAAAAGGUUAUGUCCUGCGCAUAGGAGUGAUGAAAUAGAAAACUGCAUUGCUCGUGCUGCAAAGUUCAUUGAAACGAUACAAGCAACAGAUGGAUCUUGGUAUGGUUCCUGGGGAGUAUGCUUCACCUAUGCUGGGUGGUUUGGAAUAAAGGGGUUGGUUGCUGCGGGAAGGACAUACGAAGACUGCUCAAGCAUCCGUAAAGCAUGCGACUUUUUGUUAUCCAAAGAGCUUCCUUCAGGUGGAUGGGGAGAAAGCUAUCUAUCAUGUCAGAACAAGGUUAUAACAAAUCUCAAGGACAAUAGGCCACAUAUAGUUCAUACUGCAUGGGCUAUGUUGGCCCUUAUUGGUGCUGGGCAGGCUAAGAGAGACCCAACUCCGUUGCAUUGGGCAGCUAGAGUACUAAUCAAUUCUCAAAUGAAAAAUGGAGAUUUCCCUCAGAAGGAGAUCACUGGUGUCUUCAACAAGAACUGUAUGAUCAGCUAUUCAGCCUACCGGAACAUUUUUCCAAUUUGGGCCCUCGGAGAAUAUCGUUGCCAAGUAUUGGAGGCUCUCUGAAUGAUGUCUGUUUAUUGUUCAACGCUUAGUACUCCGGAUAAUGAACUGUUGUUUAUAAACCUGUAUGAGAGCUUAAACUCAGCUCAAAACAAUGUAAUUCAAUUGAUAACAUAUUUCAUAAUAUUAUUGUUACUAAUUUCUCA